AUGUUUUGGGAUCUAAUCCCAACUCAAGAUACCGAGUCGUACUUACUCAAAACUCAAAACGCGAUCACCAACCUUCAAGCGAAGCUGCACUCGUCUCGCACCAACAACUUCACCAACAUUCCCUCCCAACUCACUUCUAGUCUCAUCAGCGAGAAGACGGCCGUCUCCCGCCUUCCGAUCUCACAGUUGAGUAGAUCGAACUCACUAAACUACCGCCUCAGGAGGAAAGAAACCUCCGGGGACAGCAGUCCACUAAGAAGCCCUGGACAUUACGUCAUCACAGGGUCCAUGAAAGUCCCCGAAAGCACUAGGAUCCUCCUCAACUCCGCUUCCAGAUCUUUAGACACUGACAGGCGGAAAAACCACGACUCAAAUAUGAAUAGUCCGUGCUCAGAACGCGGUCUCUUAAGCAACAGUUCCGACGACAAAACACUGUCGAAUCGUCCACCGUACGACGUUGAAGCGAUCCUGUCGCCGCACAGGAAAGCGCACGUCCGACACAAGUCCUUCGAAGGUCAAAACCCGAAUUUUUUCACGGACGUCAACACGAAUCAAGCCGUGUGUCUCAAGACUGUCUUAAAAAACAACGCCUUAGAAGCGGGCUACCAGAGGAUCGACCAAACGCGUUACUACGACAACAAGAAGCACCAAAGAGUUUACAGCGAUGGAAAUAAACAAUUUAAGCCGCAAAAUGUAGGGUUCGGAAGCUCGAUUAGGAGAUCCAGCUCUUUCAACACUGUUAAUAAGAAUAACAACUACAUAGAACCGCCCAGGAUCACAUCCAGGCGGUCGAGUGGUCAUUCAGAGGAAUACAAAGAUUACCUAUCAGAUGAAUCGGAUACUGGUUCGUUUGAGAAGUCGCAAGAGUUGAGGUACAAGCGUACAUCGAAUAGGGGUAGGAUCGAUUCUCCGGAUUUGAAAUCGAUUGUGCCGGCGAAUUCUCCGCGUUGUCCGAAUACGCCGGAGAUGCAGAGGAAGUUUGGGCCGGGUUUGGUGAGGAAUUCCGUGAGGGUGACGAGCAAGGAGCGGGCAGGGAGUGCGAGGGCCCCGGAGCCGCCGGUGCAGGAAAGCCGGCCGACGGGGCACCAGAGCCGGCGGGUCUCCGAGCCGAGACAGGCUGUCCUGAGCAGGCUAACCAAGUCGAGGUCUUCGACGAGGGAAUUCCAGCCUAAGCAACAGGAGAAAGGUCAAAAGAAGCCCAGCCAACACCGCUCGUCCUCCGCGCUAGCCAGCAAAGAAGCCUCGUACACAAACUGGCGCAAGCGAGCCUCGUACGAGCCUAUGAAGGCAGCGAUGGAGGGCAGACGGCGGCCGGCGAGGGAUAAGGACACUAGCAGCGAGCCCAGCCACUCUUCCCCAGUCCACCGCUCGCAGUCCUUCCACACAACCAACAUGGCGGAGCUGCAGCUGGACUACUCCUCGGACGAGGAGCAGCUGGCCGCACUCCCCGCGGACGCCAUGCUCGCGUCGGUUCACUCGGACAUCCUGGACGCGAGGCCGCGGGAGCACCGCAGGCGGCAGGCGGGCGGCAGUGACGUGCUGCUGGCUAGGGACUACGUCACGCACUUCCAGGUAAACCAACCGGACAAAAAACGCCGCGGCGAUGCGGACAAGCGCAAAACGUUCAUCAUAGACGACGUGACCAGAGACAACCGCAUAGACCGCGCCAUAGACCGUCGCGAUGGAGUGGAGAGGCGCCGCGUGGUGCCCGACAGCGACACCAAUUCGACCACCAACGGGAGCAGUCCUAGGAACUCGUCUGUCUUUAGCCAGGAGAAGGCCGAGCUUACUACAGGCACGAGCGACACGGAGGGCGAGAGCGGGCCCGACUCGGCGCCGCGCCGCAUCCACGCGCGGGACAACGCCAACCCUAAGCAGAGGCACAGCGGCGACUUCUCAAUGUCAUCCUCAACAACUUCAGCGCCUCGCCGCGUCCAACCGCGGUACCUCGACAUCUCCAAGUACAGCGACGCCUCGCCGAAGAACUUCCUGCGCCGCGACCCCUCCAAGACCUACGUGCGCCUGCUGCCGCCCGCGCGCCGCCAGCCCUCCCAGGAGACGGAACAAAAGAAGCAAGAGCUAGAGAAGUGGAAACGCAGAGCCUCGUACGACCCGCGGAAGGCGGCUGCUAUGGGCAAGACCAAGGCGCCUCCCAAGACAGCCAGCAGCGUACUCCGAUCUCAAUCGUUCCACGGGCCCGUGCUCGUCUCCACCAGUAUGCGAUACCAGCCGCCUCCGACGCAAAUCAACGAGACCUACGACGCUUCAAGCGACAACGACUUCUAACGCGAACGCUCAAAGUCGAUAACGCGAUGGCAAACAUGUGAUAUGUGGAUGUUAUGUAUGAUAUGUUGGAUAACGAAUUUGUAAGUAAGGUAGGUUAUUGCAAGAACAUAGGCGACGUAAGCCCAAUCAAAAUGGCGUCUGACAGAUCGUUUUCGCGCCUUUUUUGAGUUUUGUUUGCGAGACGCGUAUUUUUAAUUUAUCAAGUAUUUUUUUUAUAAUUUUGACAGUUUUUUGUUUAAGGGUAUGAAUUUGGGGAGAUGCAAUUUUUUUUGAUUUUGUUUUAUUUAAUUUUCGCACAAAACAUUUUCUGUCAAUGAACAAGUCAUGAUUUUCUAAAUUUAGAUUUAAAUUUAUUUAAUUCUAUCUUUAAUUGAAGUACAUAAGUGAAGCAGUAAACUGUAAAAUAUGUUAGUUAAGAGUUUGUUGUAAUUCAAUGUGAUUUAAUAAUAAUUAACUAUUUGAUAUCUUUAUAUUCGGCGAACGUAUAUCACUAAAAGUGUCGUGGAAGGUUAAUUUUAUCGUUAUUCUAGGUACUGUCCUGUAGAGAUGUAGAAUAUAAUUUACUAUCCUGUUAUGUAUUUCCUUUAUCUAAAUUGCUCAUAUCGUCCAUACAUCGAUGUUUAGUAAAUAUAAUCUUUAGUUAUAAGGUAUUGAAUAUUUACUUUUUUUUGUAUUUUGUGCAAUAUUUUACAUCACAUCCAUAAAUAAUGAAAUACAUAAAUAAUUUGUUAAUUGAACAAUAAUUGCAGUUGGAAAUUAUUCGCUAUAUUUUUUUAUAUUGCAGAUCAAUUUAAAAUACUCGAUUGAUGUAACAAAAAAUAAUUCGCAUUAGAACUGCCGUAAGAAUAAAAGCUGAAAUUACUGUAGCCCUGCCAUUCCCGCAUAAUAAUAUAAAAUAGCGUAGGUAUGUUUGAAUUAAAAUUCUGCAAAAUGCCAUAAAAAUAGAAAAAUCGGCUAAAGUACAUAGUUUAAAAAAAG